UUGAACAGUAAAUAUGCUCUCUCAACUCCUCGUCGCAGGCUACCUCGUGCUCUUUGCGGCGGCAACUCCGUUGACCGUCAGCCAGAGCCCGGUGACGGUCCCGCUGGCCCGUCGCUUCAACGCGACCGGACCGAAAACGAUUAUGGAGAGUGACCAGGCGAGAACGAAAUUCCUCAAGCAGGGUGCCAUGCAAAAGAUCACCAAUGCCGCUGUUUCCGACACUAUCCCUGUCGCCGAUCCCACAACUCACACCGGAGUCCAGUACACUGUGCUUACUCAGGUCGGCAGCGAUCCGACCACUUACGCUCUUAUUUUGGACAUUGGCAGUGCCAACACUUGGCUCGGCGCGGAUUUCCCUUACGCAGUAACGUCUUCCUCCCACGAUACUGGUGUGGAGAUGUUUGUCCAGUACGCCACUGGAUCCUUCUUCGGCGAAGAAUUCCUCGAUCAGCUGUUCUUCGCAUCAUUCAUGACGAUUCCACAGCAAGCUAUCGGUGUUGCCUCGUCUUCUGAAGGCUUCGAAGGAGUGGACGGCGUCUUGGGUCUCGGACCAGCCGGUCUUACCGCAGGUACCACCUCUAACGGCGCGUUGGUGCCUACGGUCCUGGACAAUGCGUUUUCUCUGGGUCUCAUCGAAUCAAAAGAACUUGGUAUUUUCUUAGAGCCGGUGACUAGCGUCUUGCCUGCGAUUGGGGUGCUCUCCUGCGGUGGCGUCGAUCCAAGUGCGACUCUUUUCAAUGGUGACAUUCUCUUCGUGCCAAUUACCACUACUUCUCCUGCUAAUCAAUUUGUGGGGAUCGACCAAUCCGUGGCCUACGGAUCCACCACCAUCCUCAGUGAGACCGCCGGCAUUGUCGACACUGGUACCACCCUCCUCCUUCUGGCCUCCGAUGCCUUCGCUGCCUAUCAACAGCUCACGGGCGCGGUGCUCGAUCCGACCACGGGUCUGCUAAGCCUCACUCCUGCGCAGUUCGCCAAUUUGCAGAGCCUGUUCUUCAAUAUCGGUGGUACUACAUAUGAGUUCAUCCCGAACGCGCAAAUUUGGCCUCGUUUCCUGAACGCCGAAAUCGGCGGUGCUGCGGACGGCAUCUAUCUCAUUAUCGGGAAUAUUGGCUCGCCCUCGGGUGAGGGUCUGGACUUCGUUAACGGCGUCGUAUGGCUGGAGAGGUUCUACUUUCUCUGGGACGCUGGUAACAACCAGGCAGGAUUUGCGACGACGCAGUUCACCGAUGCGACGACCAACUGAGGCUACUUCGGGUGCUGUCUAUGUGAGCUCGUGAUUUUUCUUGUCGGAAAACGGAAGCAUUGUAUUUGUGUAAUAUUUCGAUAAGGAAAUCACGGCCUUAGGCUCGGCGUCUGCAGACGCGGCCAAGCGCUUUGCGCCAAGUUGAA